AUGCAUCUCCCAUCCUCCCUUGUUUUCUCCCUCGUCUGCUCCCUGGCCUCCGUCUCAGUCAACGCCCAGACUGACGAAACAUGGCCAUACCAGACCUUCAAGUCGGAGCCCUCGCUGCAGCCGCCUUCACUUGAAAUCACAAAGUCUGGCCCGACAGCCCCUGGUUACAUUUUCUUCGACCAAAAUGGCCAGCUUGGCCACAACUACAGCCUUUUCAUCAUGACGGACGAGAAUGAGCUCGUCUGGCAGGGUGAGCUGGGCGACUUGACCGGCUUCAAAACCCAGACUCUGGACGGCAAGCCAGUCUUGACUUACUACACCGGCGCGACAUUUUCCGAGCCGUUAGGUUUCGGGUACGGAGUCGUCGAGAUCCUCGAUGACUCGUACGAGCAUCUGUACACUGUCACCAUUAACGGCACGACUGAAAACUGGGUGGCCUUGGGCGGCGCCAACCUCACCUUCCUCGACGAGUAUCAGUGGUACCUCGACAUGCACGAGGCCCUCAUCACCCCUGAGGGCACCUUGUUGGUCACUGCCAACAAUGUCAGCCAAAUCGAUCUGACGUCCGUCGGAGGCCCUGCAGAUGGUUGGAUUAUUGACUCGCUGUUCUACGAGAUCGACAUCAAGACCAACGAGAUUCUCUUCCGGUGGAGCCACCUGGCCCACCUCGACCAGAUCCCCUUGACGGAUGUGCUUUCCGUCUACCCCCUGGACGACCUGGGCCAGAACCAGACCGUACCCUGGGGCCCCUUCCACAUCAACUCGGUGGAGAAGUUCGCCGAUGGCUCAUACUUGAUUGACUCGAGGCACUACUGUGCCUUCUUCAAGAUUGCCAAAGAUGGCAGCGUGGAAUGGACUCUUCAGGGACGCACCGGCGGUGACUUCACCCUCGGAACUGACCUCUCCUUCUGCUACCAGCACGACGCCCGCAUCCACGCUGAAGACGGCAACAAACUGCUUAUCAGCAUCUACAACAACGACAACUCGGGCACCGUGAGCGGCGUCAACCAAACCAGCGGUCUCUUCAUCUCCGUCAACACCGACUCCUUCGUCGCCAACAUGACGCAGGAAUUCAUCGACCCCAACGAAGCCAUCUACUCCAAGUCUCAGGGUAAUAUGCAGGUGCUUGAGAACAAGAAUGUCUUGAUGGGCUACGGGUCCACGCCCAAGUUCAAGGAGUUCAACGCAAACGGAUCUGUCGUCAUGGAUGCUAGGUUUGGAUACGUCGAAUACAGCGUGUUUUCGUACCGUAUCUUCCGCCAGGAGUGGGUGGGUAACCCCAAGACGGCGCCCAAGGUGUUUGCUUGCAAAGAUACGGCGACGAACCAGACCGAGGUGUACAUGAGCUGGAACGGUGCGACGGAGCACCAGUCCUGGAACGUGUACGCCUCGGCUACGGAGGAGAACCUCUCUUUGGCUGCGACCGUGGCUAAGAGCGGGUUCGAGACCGUGGCCAAGAUCGGGGGGUGGGCAGAGUAUGUGAGUGUUGAGGCUUUGGGGCUGAACACUACUUCGAAGAUGUCGACUGUUGUGUCGGCUCUGACUGAGUGCUGA